UUUAUACUAAAAAACUCUUUCACUUUUCAAUGUCUGAACAAAACCUACAACAACUCUCAACUAAUGAAAGCCCAACUCAUCAGCUUCUACUCUUUUUUGACUCUUUCUCACCUCACUUUUUUUUUAUUUUUUUUCUCUCUCCUCUCUAUCUUCUUCUUCUUCUUCCUCUACAUGUUUUGUGCAUUUUCUCUCUCCUAAAUCAAUAAAAAUGGCUUCUUCUACUCCUCCUCACUGCUCAAUCACUACCUCCACAAAACCCCAACAAACCCCAUAUCAAAAAGCCAUUCAUCAACAACAACAACCCCAUAAAUUUAACAAUCGUCGUUUCACUUCCCAGAAAGUUUCUGCUUCUCCUCUUCCUUCAACUUCUCUCUCUAAACCUCCAAACUUUCUCUCUCCUCUUCCUACCCCUAAAAACACCCAUCUUUCUUCUGAUUUUUCUGGCAAAAAAUCAACUCGUUUUGUGUCAAAACUUCAUUUUAAUCGUCAAAGAUCCAAUUUUUCUACCAGACAUUCCCCUGUUGCUGAAGAUGCUUUACGCCAAGUCACUCAAUCCGCCAUUGAUGAGCACCAAUUUGAGAAUAUAUUGGUGGGUUUUCAAGGGAAGCUUUUUGGGUCUGAAGAUUACUGUUUUUUGCUUCGAGAGCUUGGAAAUCGAGGUGAGUGUUCAAAAGCUGUUGUUUGUUAUGAAUUUGCUGUUCAAAGAGAGAGAAAGUUUAGUGAGAGAGGUAAAUUAGCUAGUACUAUGAUUAGUGUAAUGGGUAGAUUAGGGAAGGUUGAUUCUGCAAGGUUUGUGUUUGAUAAUGCUGUUAAUGGUGGUUUUGGUAAUACUGUUUAUACUUAUUCUGCUUUGAUUAGUGCUUAUGGUAGAAGUGGUUUGUAUCAAGAAGCAAUUGGGGUUUUUGAGAUGAUGAAAACUCAAGGUUUGAGACCUAAUUUGGUUUCUUAUAAUGCUGUGGUUGAUGCUUGUGCUAAAGCUGGUGUUAAAUUUGAUGUUGUGAAUGAUAUAUAUGAUGAAAUGUUGAGGAAUGGGGUUGACCCGGAUCGAAUUACGUUUAAUUCAAUGCUUGCUGUUUGUAAGUCUGGAUUGUGGGAAGAGGCUAUGAGGUUGGUUACAGAGAUGGGAAUGAGGGGGAUUGAUCAAGAUGUGUUUACUUAUAAUACACUGCUGGAUGUUAUUUGUAAAGCUGGGAAGAUGGAUUUGGCUUUUGAUAUUAUGUCUGAAAUGACUGCCAAGAGUAUAAUGCCUAAUGUGGUUACUUAUAGUACUGUGAUUGAUGGGUUUGCUAAAGCCGGUAGGUUAGAGGAUUCGUUGGGUAUGUUCGAGGAGAUGAAGUGCGCGGGAAUUGCUCUUGAUAGAGUUUGUUACAAUGCAUCGUUGUCUAUUCUUUUGAAGCUUGGUAGGUUUAAAGAUGCUUUGAAUGUUUGCAAGGAGAUGGAGAGUUGUGGAAUCAGGAAGGAUGUAGUGACUUACAAUGCAUUGUUGGGUGGAUUUGGUAAACAAGGGAAAUAUGAUGAAGUUAGACAAGUGUUUGAGCAGAUGAAGAAUGUACGCGUUUUUCCUAAUGUUCUGACUUACUCUACACUGAUUGAUGUUUAUUCUAAAGGGGGUCUAUAUAGGGAGGCAAUGGAGGUUUUCAGAGAGUUUAAGGAGGCUGGUUUAAAGGCAGAUGUUGUUCUUUAUAGUGGCCUUAUUGAUGCUUUGUGCAAAAAUGGGCUGGUAAAAUCUGCUGUGCUUUUGCUCGACGAGAUGACAAAGGAAGGAAUCCGACCCAAUGUAGUCACAUACAAUACUAUUAUCGAUGCAUUUGGUCGAUCUGCUAGAGCAGAGUACCUGGUUGAUGAUAUCGUUCCCCUGGAUGGAUGUUCAGGGAAUAAGACACCAAUGAUAAUGGCAUGUAAUGCUGCUGCGCACCAUCUUGGAGGUAGUGAGCAUAAUAGAGUCAUGAAGAUCUUUGGGCAGCUAGCAGUGGACAAAUCUCAUAGUUUCAGGGAAUUUAAUGAGAGUAGGCAGGAGCUCCUCUGCAUCUUAGGACUCUUCCAGAAGAUGCACCGGCUUGAGAUAAGGCCAAAUGUCGUGACCUUUUCGGCUAUUUUAAAUGCUUGCAGCCGUUGUAACUCAUUGGAAGAUGCUUCUAUGCUACUGGAAGAACUCCGCCUGUUUGAUGAUCGAGUCUACGGUGUUGCUCAUGGACUACUCACAGGAUCCAGGGAUACGAUCUGGGUUCAAGCCCUGUGUUUGUUCGAUGAAGUCAAGCAGCUGGACACAUCAACUGCAUCUGCCUUUUAUAAUGCGUUAACUGAUGUAUUGUGGCACUUUGGUCAAAAACAGGGUGCUCAGCUAGUUGUGCUGGAAGGAAAGAACAGGAAUGUGUGGGAAAAUGUGUGGUCCACAUCUUGUUUGGAUUUGCACUUGAUGUCCUCUGGCGCUGCUCGGGCCAUGGUACAUGCUUGGUUGCUAAACAUACGUUCAGUCGUUUUAGAAGGACAUGAGCUGCCAAAGCUUUUGAGUAUUCUGACUGGGUGGGGAAAACACAGCAAAGUAGUUGGUGAUGGAGCACUGAAGCGAGCCAUUGAAGGGUUGCUCAGUGGCAUAGGGGCCCCUUUUCAUAUGGCAGAGACCAACCUCGGUAGAUUCAUAUCACAGGGGACAGCUGUCACAGCCUGGUUAAAGAAGUCUGGUACUCUUCCGGUGCUGCUGCUUCAAGAUAUUAGAACUCAGCCUGAGAACCAAAGGUUGGACCAAAGGCCUAACUUGGAGCCCCUUCCUUUGUAGCUUCUCGCUGAAUCUGUACAUCACGCAUCCACUUUGCCAAUCUAUGUUUAGUGUUUAUACCGUAACUUGUGUAACUUAUAUAGGGAUUGGCUCAUGUAGCUGGUAGGAGAUUCACCUUGUGACCUUAAGGUUCUAUUCCAUACCGCUUGCGGUUCUUGGCAUGAGGAUUCCCCUCAUCCCAUCCCUACCACUCCCGGGUCCUGUAUAACUGGACUGGAUUUACCUGCUGCAGAUUCCAGUUUAGCUAGGAUCAGCUUGUGGUUUCGCUUUCUCAUGAUCUCGCUCACUACAAACUUGGGCCAUUUUUGUGUAUGACGUGGCCCAUUCUAGAGGGAGGUGAAAGGUCUUGUUGCAUAUACCAUGAUUAUGUGGUGGCCUGGUUUUUGAGACUUCGAAAAAUUUUCAACUCAGGUUCACCAGUAAUAUGGUAGUCUUCGGCCUUUUCGAUUUUGGUCAUUGAUGAUACAAAGAGGAAGAAAUGUAAUUUGAUGUAAAUAGGUAAAAGAAAAGUUCAUUUAACUGUUCUUUGUUUCAUUUUGUGUACAACAAUGCAAGUGUACUUCAAUUUUCAGUCUUCAUCAAUGCACUUGAUAAAAAGAUUUUGAUGCAAUGACAAGAUUUGGGUAUAGUUUACUUCA